AUGCAUAUAAAAAUAGCAAAACAGGACCUUAACCAUUACAAAAGACAAGUAGCAAGGGUGGAAGCCCAUGCAACAAGGAAAAGAAAGUUUCUAAAGGAAGAUAUGGAAGGCCAGCAAAGAAAAAGAGUAAAAAUUUGCAAGACUACAACUAGAGUUACAAAUGAAUUUGAGGUGAUGAUUUCAACAGAAAAAAGGAACCAAGAACAUGGACGCGUUUUGAUGCAAGAGCUUAGCCCAGAAGCCUUAAAAGUAAGUUGGGCAGACUCUACAGAGCAGGAGCAGGCUAACAGAAACAUGGUAGUUACAGAUACUAUGGAAGAAGACUUUGACCCAAACUUCUCGUCCAUGAAGGUAGACGCGGAAAACUUGAAGAAAGAACUUUCUGGAAUGAAUGAUGUAAGGUCAGGUGACCUC